UUUGUAACCUGAAACAUACCGGAAGUUUAUGUAAACAAAAGUAAACAAGACAGAAAUCAACAUAGAUUCCAAUUUUAAAGCGACCAGUAUUGAAACUUCUAUGUUAAUGUACUGUCUUUUUUAGCAGUGGAAUGGCCAAGCACUCAUUUGGGGAUGGAUCUUAUGAUGGUAAUUACAUAGAAGCUGAGCUGAAGAAGUUCCAGGUGGGUGGUGCCAGUCCUACAGAUGCGACCCAGUUUGUGUUCCUGCACUCGGGUGGAACAGGCAAUGGGUCCAUCCCAGGCUCCUCAGCGUCAUCGGCCCAUAACACAGAUGAUGAAGACAGCGACAACAGCAAGGCUGCCUUGAGCUACAAGGACAGACGAAGGGAGGCUCACACGGCUGCAGAGCAGAAACGCCGGGACGCCAUCAAGCGUGGAUACGACGAGCUACAGAGUAUCGUGCCCACGUGUUCCCAGACAGAGACCCUUGGUCCAACCAAACUGAGCAAGGCCACUGUCCUGCAGAGAUCCAUUGACUACAUCCAGUUCCUGGUUGGACAAAAGCGGAAGCAGGAAGAUGAACUUGAUUCUCUCCGUAAAGAAGUCAUGGCUCUGAAAAUAAUGAAAGCGAACUACGAGCACAUUGUAAAGACCCACCAGAACCAGCCGGUCCAUGGCCAGAACCAGGUGUCUGACUCAGCCAAGUUCCAAGUUUUCAAGCAGAUCAUGGACUCCCUGUUCCAGACGUUCAACGCAAACAUCUCCGUGGCAAACUUUGCUGAGCUCUCGGCCUGCGUGUUCAGCUGGCUGGAGGAGUACUGCAAACCACAGACCCUGCGAGAGGUUGCCCUGGGCAUCCUCCGAAAGACAAAUGAGCAACUGGCCAACCACUGACCAGGGGAUGGAUUGUGUCAUGUUACUAGGGCGAUUCGCCUGACCUCUGUUACUAAAGUUACUCAAAAAGAAAGAAGAAAACAUUUGAAAGGAUUAAUUUGAUCCAAAGUCAAUUAAUUGUGAUAUCCUAGAAUGAAAAUCUUGUUUCCUUUUGAUAAUUGUUCUUCAUCAGAGGUGAAUAAUGUGUUAUGUACAAAA